AUGCCUGAAGUAUUAGCAGUUUAUCCUCAAGGCCGCUGUAAAGGAGCAAUGAUUCAUUCUUCUCGCUGCGCGUCCCACGACUUCGACUGCCUCAUGAAUCGCAUAAUUCGUUUUGCAUGGGAUUUGUAUGUGAAGUGUGACGAAGAAGAAGCGGACACGGGCUCGAAUUGCAAAGAGGUCCACGGAAGCGAUCUGAGGGCAGCUUUGAAGCGGUCUUCAAAACUACUCAGAAGCGCCGACCUCUGUCAGCUGGAGAUGGCAUCGUUGCCUCUGUCGGACGAGAUUCUGUCGUUGUUGUCGUCGUAUUUGGUGGAUGUCGACUGUCGAGUGAAGACGUUGACGGCAAGAUAUGCAACAUUCGAAGGCGUCACAUCCUUAGUGCUCCAUCACUUUCUCCGCCAAGUGAAUCCUACAGAAAUCGACUUUGAAGAAGUUGGCGAUUUCUCUCGGCUGAAUUUUAGCCCGGAGGUUCUCCAAUUCAUUGUCACGAGGCGACGUUUUUCUCUAACCUGCAUGCAAGGUUCUCCCAUGCCACUCAACGACAGUAUCCUGGCUCAGCUCACUGCAACUGAAUUCGUUAUCGGUGCUCCGAACAUGAUCACCAUCGACGGUUUGAGGUCAUUCAUCGAGUAUUUUGAGCCGAAUGUGAGGUUGUUCGAUGCAAUUCCGUGGUGCCUUUCCAAGAUUCUCGAUCAUGCUGAAGUUCAUCAUCUGUUGAUGACAGAGUAUCCGGUGACGGAAGAUCUUCUAGUGUCGAUCUCAUCUCGUCUACCACCAGGCUGUCAAAUCCAUACCUUAGAGAUAAAAGAUACACGCAUGGACGACGUCACUUCUUCAACGCUUCUCCGAUUCCUGCGCAAGGUCAAUCCCAACAAAGUCGUCCUGAAGAACAUCAGAGGAUGCUCUCGAGAACUAAUCAGUCUAGAGGUGUUACAAUUUAUAAUGUCAAAGCCAUGCUUUUGUGUUGCAUAUUUGAGUGAUUCUGAUUGGCACUCAAUUCCAAUCCCAAUGGACGACGAUAUCCUCAGACAAUUGGCAGCCAUUGAUUUCGAAAUUGGUGCACCGAACAUGAUCACUUUGGACGGUUUGAAGUCGUACUUCGCAGUAAGUGUUAAGCAUAUUUGUCUGUUCGUUGACGGAAUAUAA